AUGUGGAUCUCUGCUUCAGGGUCACCYCCUACGGUCCGCAUCGUGCACUCGGGCCACGCGUGUAACGUGGAGGAAGAACGUCACACAGAGAGGGUGUACACCAUCCGGGAGGGAGAGACCCUGGAAAUCACCUGUCUGGUCACAGGACACCCACGGCCACAGAUCCGAUGGACCAAGACAGCAGGCAGCGUGUCGGAUCGCUUCCAGGACUCCAGCGUGUUUAACGAGACGCUGCACAUCUCCAAGAUCCAGAGACACCAGGGAGGACGCUACUACUGCAAGGCCGAGAACGGCCUGGGCUCCCCGGCCAUCAAGUCCAUACGGGUCGACGUCUACUACCUGGAUGACCCUUUAGUGACGGUGCACCAGAGUGUAGGAGAGGCUAAAGAACAGUUCUAUUACGAGAGGACAGUGUUCCUGCGCUGCGUGGCCAACUCCAACCCCCCAGUCCGCUACAGCUGGCACCGCGGACGAGACGUCCUCUCACAGGGCUCCGACAAGGGAGUGGAGAUCUACGAACCAUUCUUCACACAGGGGGAGACGAAAAUCUUGAAGCUGAAGAACCUUCGUCCUCAGGACUACGCCAACUACAGCUGCAUCGCUUCUGUUAGGAACGUCUGUGGCAUUUCCGACCGAAACAUUGUCUUCAAACUCACCAACAAGACAGCGUCUCCCUCCAUUAAGCUACUGGUGGAGGAUCCCAUCGUGGUGAACCCUGGCCAGACGGUGUCCCUGGUGUGUAUCAGUACGGGUGGGGAGCCCAACCCCACGCUGAGCUGGGUCAGCAGCUCUGACAGCCUGCCUGAGAAGAGCGUGGUGAAGGGUGGAACACUCACCCUGCCAGCCAUCACUUCAGAUGAGGCUGGGGUCUACAGCUGUGUGGCCAGUAACAACGUGGGCAACCCAGCCAAGAAGUCUACCACAAUAGUGGUCAGAGAGGCAAGCGCUGAAGUAGGGGCCGUUUUCUUGAUCACACCCUGGACCCCUAACCACAAUGACGACAACAAUCCAAAUUUGGCGGCGGUCAAGAUCUCCUGGCAGGUGGAGGCCACGCCCCCUGAGGAGCUGACAUUUGGUUGGCUGAAGAAGGGCGCGCCAUGUGCGUAG